AUGCCUUCGCUCCCCCGCCAGAGACGGCGCAGCCUGCUCCGGCGGACUCCCGCAGUGUCGCUGUUUUUUAUUUUCCUUUGCGCAAAGACGACGUUCUUCUUUGUCGCGAAAUGCGACAUCGCCGAGGCCGCCUCAGUCGAUGCACUCCAGAUCUCUUCAGACAGAUCCGCGCCGAAUAUCUCACGGCAAAAAUACGAUAGCCUGGAGACUGCAGGCCGUUUGCUGGUUGAGAGGCGUUCUUUCGCCUCAGAAAACUCCCUAAAGUACUGGAAUGAACGGAGAGUUGAGGACGGCGACGAUGAGCCAGAAGACAGGAUCGUGGAAGUGGAGCAGUCGAUCGUCGAGGGGCAUGAAGGCGCUGCCGCCGUAGACACCUCAGACCUGCAAGACGUCGCACGCAUUCUAGCGACCACAGAGCGACCGAAAGUCGUUGAGAAUGCUCACGUGUUCAAGGAAAAACGAUUCGCACUUUUUAGCGCGGGGCUGCGCUCGUCAUCAGCCUCCCCAAACGCAAACACAUUCCGCUCCGUCGCGCCUCACCGUGUGGCCCGAUACGAGUUUCGCGCUGGCGGCAUCAAGGAACCCCACGGCGGCUCGCGCGAUGCGACGGCGAAGCUACUCGACGUUGAAUCCAGAACAAUCAUGAGCCUGGAAGGAAUUGAAUUGAGGUCUGCCGCCCGAGGGUUGUUCACUACCAAAGUGUCUGCAGUAGUGAAGCAAGAUAAAGCCGGGUCUCCUGCUCAGGCGCCUCUUGCAAAUGCGCCGGGAAGACAUCAGGCACGCGACCGGGCCUCAUCCUACCAGAUGAUUGAUGGAUUCGUUGCGGAAGUUGACAAAGUGUACGAGGAGGAACUGGAGCAUCGCCUUGCGUGGGAGCUGAGGAUAUGGCGCUAUCUCCCCUCGCACCGCGCGGAACACCUGGCGGCGCAUGAGCACAUUCUCAUUCCUGGCGCGGUUCUGGAGCACGCGGGCCCUCCUGGGGUCUCGUCUCGCUUGCAUGGAGCCGGCCGGAAAGAAGCCGCUGGGGUGCGCGGCCACGACGAGAAAUGGACGGAUCUGCUGUCAGAAAAGGUCUUUAAUGUGUUCAUCUGGUAUCCCGCGGGCUACCGCGACACGCUGGAGUCGUCCAUGAUGCACUCAGACCAAGUCACAGAGCCGUGGUUCAGUUCAACGCCCCUGCACGUUCUAGAGUCGAUUAGCACACAGAUGAUUCUCGCUGUUGCCAACCUGAACAGCUACGGCCUCGUUCACACCCAUCUUCGCUCCGCCAGUUUCGUUUUCACGCCGGAAGGCAAGGUUUUGCUGUCCGAUCUCAAUCGCGUAGUGAAACAAGGUGAGUUCAUGGACUGCGCGGCGGACAGAGAGCUUGCGCUGAACGACUUGACAGCUUCUCCAGAGGAACGCGUGUGCGUCCACGAACACGGAUACAAGGGAAGGGACGCGAAACAGAAAGAGGACAUCGUGGGGCCGCUAGAGGCGCAGCCGACAGUUGACGCCUGGAGGCUCGCAGUCCUUCUGUACCAGCUAUGGUGUAUGGAGAGCAUGUACGCACGGACGUCGUACCACGAAUUUGUCGCGCGACACGACUUGCUCCGCCUCCCAGACACAGAGUCGAAUAUCGCGCACCUCAGACAAAACAGAUUUCCUCUCGGCGCCUGCCGAAAAGACAUGCCGGCUUCUCUUCAGCGCAUCGUUCGCCAGAUGCUCGUGCCAGAUCCUGCGAAACGGGUCACUGCGGCCGAGUCUGUGAAAACCAGUUCCUUCUUUCACGAAACCAAAAGAAAGCAGCUCCUCAACAGAAAGCGCACACCGCAGCAGAGGGCGCAUCAAAACUAG